CAGCUUAGACCAACGCACCUCUCAAUGUCAUGUAAACUUCCGCACCCUUUUCCCUUUUUCCUGACCCCAGCGAGCAAGUUAACUUCACUGUCGUACGAUUUGAGCUUAAGGAUGAUCUAAAGCUUUCCUUAGAAAAAACGUAUUUUCUGCGUACAUAUUCCAGUGUAGUCUGUGGUGGGCAAAAGCGAACGACCAAGAUGCGUCUGACGCUGCAGUCGUUGAUCUCCCACGGCCGAGUGGCCCGCAAAAUGGGGCUGGGACCCAAGUCCCGCUUGGACAUGCUGCGGAACAUUCUGACCGGACUGGUGAGACAUGAGCGCAUUGAAACCGUCGCUGCCCGGGCGGAUGAAGUCCGCUUCUACGCCGAGAAGCUGAUCGAUUACGCAAAGAAAGGUGACACAGACGAGAAGGCGAUGAAGAUGGCAACAUUUUGGUUGACGGAAAAGGACCUGGUCCCAAAACUGUUCAAGGUGCUGGCCCCGCGCUUCGAACGGCAUUCAGACAGCUACACGCGUAUGGCCCGCAUUCCCAACCGGCAGAACCUGGACCGGGCCAAGAUGGCCGUGCUGGAGUACAAAGGCAACCCUUUCCCGCCGCUCUACCCGGUCAGAAAACAAAACCCGCUCACUCUAAUCAACCAGCUGCUGGCGGGCUACCGCGAGGACAAGGCCAACUCUGAACACAUUUAAAAAGGUUGUUCUUUGUAUUGUUUGCUUUAUUCUAAUAUAAAAAAUGAUUUUGUAGCCUAUUUGUAUUUGGGGGGGAUACAAACGUCAGAAAAAAGGCAAGUGCAAUAUUGCAUUGGCUUUUUUUUCUGUCCCUUGAAGGCAGCAGUAAAUAAAGCACACGAGACCUGUAGUAAAACAUGUUUUAAUUAUUAUUUUGGCCAAAACUGUAUCAUAAUCUACAGCAUAUUUGACACCAUUAAAAUGCAUUUAAACAGUGCUUCCUUCAGUAUUAUGUGCUCUUACCCGGAGGAGCUUUAAAAAAAAAAAAAAAAAAGCUGUGCUCUUCUCUGUCAUGCGUACAUAAAUCAUCAUCUUGUCCAGUUCAA